AUGCCUCGAUACCUUAAUACUAGAUGCUUUCGAGAUGUAUUCGUCGAUUGUGCUUCCCACCCCACCGCUUAUCUUCUGUUUCUUCAUCGAAUCCUUUUGUUUCCUUCAUCCAUCGCCGUUCAAUUCAGUCCUGGUUACUUCCUCCGAUAUCUAUCUGUGUUCGACGACCAUCAACGAAAGGGGAAGUACGGCAAAGUAGCAAUUAAGGUCGAGUUGGAUCCUUAUAAUUGGGGUGUGCCCAACACUACUCAAUGGCUCAAUGAUGUUUUAGCUCCUGGUGGCAGAAUUGACGAACUUGGCAUCAAUCUUGGGAAUAUGGACUUUGAAAUGGUCACCGUGUCCAAAGAUGACACAAUUGAUGUUGAUGGUGUUGGUGAUAAGAAAUCUAUGGAAGAUAAGAAAUUGAGGAAGCACACCAUGUGUUCGAAAAAAUGCAUACUUGAAAUUUGGGGAAGAUAUGAGAUACUGAGGAAUUACAUGCCUAAAGUUUGUUCUCUUGGACAUGACAUGAUGUUCUGGACAUGUACUGUUCAGGUUAAUCUGGAAUUCUCUUCUGAAGCAAACAUGAUAAGAAAGUUCCCUGCUGGUCUUGCUUUACAACACGUGACUAGACAGUAG